AUAGUCUUCAUCCAGUCCCCCGCCUCCCUCCACCACCCCCGCCUCCGCCUUCCGAAGUUAACAAUCGGGGUAAAAGAAAAUGGGAUCAAGCGGUAUGAAACCUCUAGAAGAAAAUGCCAAACCGCCUCCGCCGCCGCCGUCUUCUUCGUUUUCGGAAAAUUGGAAGGAGCGGAUACUCAUCCCCACACUUCUCGCAGGGAUAACUGGCGGAGGAGUUGGGUUGGUGUCUAAGCAUCGAAAAGUUCAUGGGCUCGCUAACAUUUCAACAACUUAUGCCACUAAUUUUUCCAUCGUCACCGGCUGCUAUUGCGGGGCGCGUGAAUUCGUAAGAGUAGUUCGAAAAUCAGAACCAGAUGAUCUAGUAAACUCCGCGGUUGCAGGGUUUGGCAGUGGUGCUCUUCUUGGACGUCUUCAAGGGGGUCAGUUUGGUGCCUUUCGCUACUCGGUCAUCUUUGCUGUUGUGGGCACAACGGUGGAUUUUGCUACUAUCAAACUAAGACCUGCAUUGAGUAGUUUUAAAGAAUCUAUAUUCAAGGAAAAAGAGAAGAAACCUGGUUGGUUAAAGUUGCCAGAGUGGUCUCCCAUACAAGUACUUGAUGAGGAAGCGCUUGCUGCAAAAGAAGCUCGGGAAAAAGAACUCUAUGCACAAAGAGCUCUUGGCAAACUUAGCAAGGAAGAAUCUUGAGAGGCUUUUAAUUUUCAGCUCACAUAUACCAAUAAUAUGCCUUUUGUGCCUGCAUAUUCAAGCUGUUCGGCAUUUCUAGCACAAACAAUUUUUGUUCCUCUGGUCUUGUACAUUUAUAUAUCGAUAUAUUUGAGCUUCUAGUUAUGAAUUAUAUAGUUCAUAGCAUCUUUUAGGAACUUGGUAAAAGGUUGUAAUGUGAUUGUCAACUUCUUUUUUCUACACGGUAAAUUCUUGCUGAGAAUGCUUGCUCGA